UUGAGAGGCGGGCCGAAAGAAAAGCCACGUCUCAAGGAGGUAAAGCCACGUCUCAAGGAGGUAAAGCCACGUCUCAAGAAGGAAGUAAAGCCACGUCUCAAGAAGGAAGUAAAGCCACGUCUCAAGAAGGAAGUAAAGCCACGUCUCAAGGAGGUAAAGCCACGUCUCAAGGAGGUAAAGCCACGUCUCAAGAAGGAAGUAAAGCCACGUCUCAAGGAGGUAAAGCCACGUCUCAAGGAGGUAAAGCCACGUCUCAAGGAGGUAAUGCCACGUCUCAAGGAGGUAAAGCCACGUCUCAAGGAGGUAAAGCCACGUCUCAAGAAGGAAGUAAAGCCACGUCUCAAGAAGGAAGUAAAGCCACGUCUCAAGGAGGUAAAGCCACGUCUCAAGAAGGAAGUAAAGCCACGUCUCAAGAAGGAAGUAAAGCCACGUCUCAAGAAGGAAGUAAAGCCACGUCUCAAGGAGGUAAAGCCACGUCUCAAGGAGGUAAAGCCACGUCUCAAGGAGGUAAAGCCACGUCUCAAGAAGGAAGUAAAGCCACGUCUCAAGGAGGUAAAGCCACGUCUCAAGGAGGUAAAGCCACGUCUCAAGGAGGUAAAGUCACGUCUCAAGGAGGUAAAGUCACGUCUCAAGGAGGUAAAGCCACGUGUCAAGACGGAAGUAAAGCCACAUGUCAAGACGGAAGUAAAGCCACGUGUCAACGCGGAAGUAAAGCCACGUGUUAAGACGGAAGUAAAGCCACGUGUCAACGCGGAAGUAAAGCCACGUGUCAAGACGGAAGUAAAGCCACGUGUCAACACGGAAGUAAAGCCACGUGUCAAGACGGAAGUAAAGCCACGUGUCAACACGGAAGUAAAGCCACGUGUCAAGACGGAAGUAAAGCCACGUGUCAACACGGAAGUAAAGCCACGUGUCAAGACGGAAGUAAAGCCACGUGUCAACACGGAAGUAAAGCCACGUGUCAAGACGGAAGUAAAGCCACGUGUCAAGACGGAAGUAAAGCCACGUGUCAACACGGAAGUAAAGCCACGUGUCAACACGGAAGUAAAGCCACGUGUCAACACGGAAGUAAAGCCACGUGUCAACACGGAAGUAAAGCCACGUGUCAACACGGAAGUAAAGCCACGUGUCAACACGGAAGUAAAGCCACGUGUCAACACGGAAGUAAAGCCACGUGUCAACACGGAAGUAAAGCCACGUGUCAACACGGAAGUAAAGCCACGUGUCAACACACCACUUUCUGGUCGCUACGACCAGCACAGCGACGGACACCUCACAGAACACACUUUAUCUUCACUUUCACUCAACGAUAAACCUGGACAUGAAAACAAGGAGAAAUGGAAUGAAUACGAAGGCAAACGGGGAAGCAAGACUGGGGGAUAUAGGAGAGCUGAGUGGUCGUCUAUCCCGAGAGGACACAAGUGGGUGAGAGCAUCUAGGCGAGCACAAGGCACCCAUGCAGGGCCCGGCUCGUGCAACCUCCCCAUUAAAUCAUCGUGCUUCACUGCAGCGCCCAGCAAGCUGAGCUUUCGACGCCGCCGGCCCUCAAAGCCAGUGUGCGCAAGAGGCCCCCCGUCUCCCCCGCCCGCUGCUCGUCCACCAUUAAAACAAAAGAUCAGAGGCCAUGGAGGAGGAGGAGGGAGACGAGAGGCGGCGUGGGAGGACAAUAAAGAGGGAGCCCAGAAGGCCCCCAACACAGCCCAGAAGGCCCUCAACACAGCCCAGAAGGCCCCCAACACAGCCCAGAAGGCCCUCAACACAGCCCAGAAGGCCCCCAACACAGCCCAGAAGGCCCUCAACACAGCCCAGAAGGACCCCCUCAACACAGCCCAGAAGGCCCCCAACACAGCCCAGAAGGCCCCCAACACAGCCCAGAAGGCCCCAAACACAGCCCAGAAGGCCCCCAACACAGCCCAGAAGGCCCCUCAACACAGCCCAGAAGGCCCCCCAACACAGCCCAGAAGGCCCUCAACACAGCCCAGAAGGCCCUCAACACAGCCCAGAAGGCCCUCAACACAGCCCAGAAGGCCCUCAACACAGCCCAGAAGGCCCUCAACACAGCCCAGAAGGCCCUCAACACAGCCCAGAAGGCCCCCAACACAGCCCAGAAGGCCCUCAACACAGCCCAGAAGGCCCUCAACACAGCCCAGAAGGCCUCCAACACAGCCCAGAAGGCCCUCAACACAGCCCAGAAGGCCCCCAACACAGCCCAGAAGGCCCUCAAACACAGCCCAGAAGGCCCUCAACACAGCCCAGAAGGCCUCCAACACAGCCCAGAAGGCCCCCAACACAGCCCAGAAGGCCCCCAACACAGCCCAGAAGGCCCUCAACACAGCCCAGAAGGCCCUCAACACAGCCCAGAAGGCCCUCAACACAGCCCAGAAGGCCCUCAACACAGCCCAGAAGGCCCUCAACACAGCCCAGAAGGCCCUCAACACAGCCCAGAAGGCCCCCAACACACCACAACACCAACGGCAGGUGUUUUCGUAA